UGAAAAAAAAAGAAAAAGAAGAAGUGCCAGCCCAUUUUGUAAGCCGAUGAAGAAAGAAAGCAGACGGCCCAUCAACACCCAUCUCCAACAAGGACCCAAGCCCAUUUCGUGGAUCGACGACUAUGGACUUGUUCUUCCUCUCUUCUUUGUAGUGCUGCUGCUCCACGCCUCCGCCACUGCCGAGAUGCCCCCUGCAAUCGAAUCGAAUCGAAUCGAAUCCCUCUCCCCCUCCGCCAUUGCCCGGGAUGCCCCCCGCAAGGCUUCCCAAAACCAGAUCGGAAGAAUCGAAUUGAAUCCCUCUUUACCCAAUUGCCAAGGGAGGCAAGCCACCAUGAAGAUGCGUACGCUGCUGUGGCAACAAGAAAAGAAGCUUCUUUGUUCUUUCCUCCAUCCUCUUCUCUGCUGGACGGAGGCUGCGGCGGCAAGAAGAAAGGAAUCUCACCCCAUGGCCUGAUUUAUCUCUAUCCACCGUGCACAGCUUCCUUCCCCAUCUGACGCAGCGACCACGGCGACUGUGGCGUCUCUGCUUGCAUCCUUUCGUCCUGAUCUCUCAGGUUUGGUCGCUUGGGGAACAUUUACCCGGUGUUGACGCUGCGUUCUCUGUCUUGGAUUUCACCCCCACCCCCCUCCUGUUGGUCGCUCACCAGGCUGCUGUCACCGCCGUCGACAGCCCAGUUUGCAGUAAAUGGAGGCGACGGCUAUCAGCAUUGGCAAGUCCGUGUUGAGCGGGGCGCUCAACUAUGCCCAGUCAGCCGUGGCCGAGGAGGUGGCUCUGCAGCUCGGUGUCCAGCGUGACCACUCCUUCAUUUCAGAUGAGCUGGAGAUGAUGCAAGGUUUCCUGAUGGCUGCACAUGACGAGCGGGACGACAGCAUGGUGGUGAAGAUAUGGGUCAAGCAAGUCCGCGAUGUGUCCUAUGCUGUCGAGGACUGCCUCCUGGACUUCGCUGUCCGUCUUGAGAAGCAAUCUUGGUGGUGCCUCUCUCGCAAGGUGCUAGCCCGGCAUUAUGUGGCAAACCAGAUGAAGGAGCUCAGAGCCAAGGUGGAGGAGGUCAGCCAGAGGAACCAGCGUUACCAGAUCAUCAGGGGCUCUAGCUCCAAACAUACCUCCGCUAUAGGGCAGCCUACCAUCUCUGGUGCGACGAUGUCUGCUGCCGAUGAUGCAAGGCUGCGGAGGCAUAAAGCUAAAAAGGAUCUCGUCGAGUUGAUCAAUUGCAAGGAUGAUGCACUUCGAGUGAUAGCGCUGUGGGGCACAAGUAGUAGUGAUCUGGGGGAGAUAUCCAUCCUAAAAAGUGCCUAUGAAGAUCUCAUGAUGCACAAGAAUUUCGAUUGCUGUGCUUGGAUUACACUGAUAGGUACUUUCAAUCAGGCAGAUUUGAUUCAAAACAUUGUUUGCCAAAUCUAUGUUAAUUCUCUUCAAGACUCUAGAAAAGAAGGUAAAACAACUAUUGGGGCCCAAGUUCUUAAGAUGACGACAACGGCGAAGGAAGAUGGUUUGGAUCAUGAGUUCAAGAGAUAUUUGAAUGACAAGAGUUACCUAAUUGUACUCAACAACAUACACAGCAUUGAAGAGUGGGAUUGCUUUAAAACAUGUUUCCCAAACAACAAUAAAGGAAGCCGAAUAAUAAUAUCCACCGAGCAAGUUGCAGUUGCAAGCUUAUGCAUAGGAGCAGAGGAUGAAGCUCUAGUGCAUAAGUACUUAUUUGCUGAUCAACCUCUUUAUGCUUUCUACAGGAAGGUUUCUCAGGAGGGGAGAAAUUCAGCAGAAAAAGGGUCCAUCUCAUACAUAGUCCCUACUGACGUUGACAACUCUACACACAAGAAUAUCCUAACUCAGACAGAGACAAUGGCUACUCUAGAGGAAUCUCAUCUCAUUGGGAGAGGGACUCAAAAGGAGGAAAUCAUCAAACUAAUCUCAAAUAAAGAUCUCCAUCAUUUUCAUGUGUUCUCCUUGUGGGGAAUGGGUGGUAUUGGAAAAACAACACUAGUGACAGAUAUUUAUCAAACCCAAGAGAUUAGUAGCAUGUUUGAUAAGCGUGCUUGUGUCACAGUUAUGCGUCCUUUCAAUCCAGCAACGCUCAUUGGGAGCUUAGCUAUGCAGUUCGGAUGUAAAAAUGGGACAGAUUUAAGGAGAUGUUUAGAAGGAAGGAGAUAUUUGCUUGUUCUUGAUGCUCUGUGGUCCAUAGUAGAGUGGGAUGCUAUAAAACAAUGUUUACCAGAAACGGCAGCAAGCUGCAUAAUAGUCACCACAAGGGAAGAGAAUAUAGCGAAGCACUGCUCCAAGGAUGAAAGAAAUAUAUACAAGCUCAACCAUCUGGGUCCUGUUGAUGCAUGUACCCUCUUCACCCAAAAGGUAUUUAAGAAGACCGUAAAUUUGGAUGAGCAAUAUCCAGAGUUGGUUGAACAAGCAAAAAUGAUAUUGAAGAAGUGCAGAGGACUUCCCCUUGCACUAGUCACCAUAGGUGGCUUCUUGGCAAGCCAACCAAAAACUGCUUUUGAAUGGAGAAAAUUGAAUGAGCAUAUCAGUGCUGAGCUGGAGAUGAAUCCAGAACUUGAGAUCAUAAAAGCAGUCCUUAUGAAAAGCUAUGAUGGUUUACCCUAUUAUCUCAAGGCUUGUUUCUUGUAUCUGGCCAUCUUUCCUGAAGACCAGCAGAUUGCACGGAGACGCUUAGCGUGUCGGUGGCUUGCAGAAGGUUACUCAAGUGAGGUGCGUGACAAGUCUGUGGAGGAUGUAUUGGACGGUUACUUCAUGGAACUUAUAAGCAGGAGCAUGAUCCUGCCAUCUCAACGGUCAAUUUAUAGUAGGAAAGGAAUUGACUCCUGCCAUGUCCAUGAUCUCAUUCGUGAAAUUGCCAUCUCAAAGGCUAUGGAGGAAAAUCUUGUUUUCACAUUGGAGGAAGGGUGCAGCAUAAACAACCAAGGAACAGUGCGUCAUCUUGCUGUAAGCAGCAAUUGGAAGGGGGAUCAGUGUGAUUUUGAGAAUAUAGUAGACUUGUCGCAUGUACGAUCGUUGACUGUGUUUGGAAAUUGGAGGCCAUUUUACAUUUCUGAUAAGAUGAGGUUGCUACGAGUGCUGGAUUUAGAAGGCGAGUGGGAUCUAGUUGAUCAUCAUCUUGAGCACAUUGGGAAGCUUGUACAUCUUAGAUAUCUUUCUCUAAGAGGACAUGCUUCUGUAUUUCACCUGCCAAAUCCGUUGGGGAAUCUGAGGCAACUCCAGACACUAGAUAUUUCAGGUACGAGCAUAAUGAAGCUACCAAGGACCAUCACCAAGCUUGUGAAGAUGCGACGCAUUCUGGCUAGUCCAUGGGAGGAUUUAUAUGAAGAUGCAAUUGAGCAGUCACUAAUGACUUUGCCUUUAUGUUCAGUGUUUUGUUGUGUGGCAUGCUGUGCACCUAGGAUUCUGGCAGAGGAACUUGACCUUGACGAUGGUGGACAACUUAACAGGCGUGAUGUAUGCACUGCAUUCUGUUGCAGCAUAUUACCUUAUUAUGCGGCAGGAGGACGAAAUCCAGGUGGUGUGGAGAUGCCAAGAGGGAUUUGGAAACUGAAGGCCCUACACACACUGCAUACUGUAGACGUCUCAGCGGGAAAGGCUGUUCUAAAAGAUAUAAGAAAGCUCACCCGGUUGCGCAAGUUAGGAGUGACAGGCAUCAACAAGAGAAACGGUCAAGAGUUGUGUUCAGCAAUUGAUCGUCUCAGCAGCCUGGAGUCAUUGUCACUACACUCACAUGGAGAGACAGGUUUAUCAGGCUGCUUGGAUGGGCUAUUCUCACCUCCAGAAAACCUGCAGAGCCUCAAGUUGAUAGGCAACCUGGUUAAACUGCCGGAGUGGAUCCAGGGCCUCAAAAAUCUGGUGAAGCUGAAGCUAUGGAGGUCGAGGAUAUCGGAACAUGAUGCGGUCAUACAAGUCCUUGGGAACCUACCAAACCUGGCCACCCUCCGUCUAUUGCAUGCCUCGUUCGUUGGUGAAGAGGUCUGUUUCAGUUUCCGUGGGGAGGCAUUCCCGAGCCUGAAGGUGCUGCAGCUGUAUCUGAUAAAAAACCUCAAGUCGGUGGGGUUUGAAGAAGGAACAGCCCCUAAGCUUGAGUUGCUGCGGUAUUGUGGUGCGGAACAUCCCAGUGUUGGGUUGUUCUGUGGGUUGCGACAUCUCCCAUGUCUCAAGGAAUUUAUGCUGUAUAGCUUGCACUGGAGAAAGACCGAGUUUGUGGAGGACUUGCAAGGCCAGCUGGCAGAGAAUAAAAACAAGCCCGUUUUGAAGAGUAGCUAGCUGUAUUCGACUCCCUCUUGGUCUAUCUUCUUAAUAUUCAUGUAGGUACGUACGUAUUAUUAGGUCCCUCCCUCCCUUUUAUGUAUGUAGUGGUAUUUCCUUGGAUUGAGUUGAUGUAAGCUAGCAAAUGGCUUUCGUUGUUUUGUUCAUCCGUCACGACUCUUUGAUUUC